ACUGUCUUCACUCCCACGGCCGGGAGGCAGCACACUUCACAGGGGCCUCUGCUCAGGAAUAGGCUCCGAUACAGAGCUCUUUGUGACAGGAUGCCUCUCUGCGAUGCCCAUGGCUCCCAGUCUCCCAGUCUCUGGGCCCAGCAUGACCCAGCACAGCACAGCUGCCAGGAGGCUAGAUGACCUCGUAGCUCGGCGGUUCUCAGAAGCCGGAAGCCUGAAGAGGCAGGUGCAGAGGCAGGUGAUACAGGCACCAGCAGGAUGCUCCCUGUGCCAGGGUCAUGCCUUCAGAUGGAGGAGGCAGCGAGCUCCGUGUGGAUCCUGAGCUGGCUGGCUUCUGACGGAUUAAUGCUGCGGAGGUGGCAGGAGGGAGGGGACGCCUGGUUUCCUGGACUGCGCAUGUCCCACACAGGUGUCCCACCCCACGCUGCUGGGUGAUGUCGUCGCUCUCUGAGUAUGCCCUGCGCAUGAGCCGGCUGAGCGCCCGGCUCUUCAGUGAGACUGCCAGGCCCACCGACUCCAAGUCCAUGAAGGUGGUGAAGCUAUUCAGCGAGCAGCCGCUGGCCCGGAGGAAGGAGACCUAUGACUGGUACCCGAACCACAACACGUACUUUGCGCUUAUGGGCAUUCUGCGCCACAUGGGCCUCUACAGGGACGAGCACCAGGACUUUAAGGAAGAGCAGCUGCGGCUGAAGAAGCUCCGUGGGAAGGGGAAGCCCAGGAAAGGAGAAGGGAAGCGAGCAACCAAGAAGAAGUAGUGCUGCCCCCUCCCCACUCACCCCGCCCCCGACGGACAGCCACAGGCCGCAUGUGGCCUCCAGGCGCCCCACCUGGGACUGUGCCCUCAACCACACCAAGUCCAGGCGACCCGUGGAGUUCGCCCUCCUGGUGUCUGGACCGUAUUUGAAUUCUGCACAAUGACUGGGCCCUGGGGUUUGGAAUCUGAGUUUGCCUGGAUCGGAAAAGAAGUGCCCGCAGUGGGAACGCUGCUGUCUGGUUGUUUGGAGGGGGGAAUAUCAGUAAAGGACGCGUCACCUCCUG